CUUCGUUCCCCUCAGUUGAAAACGAAAAAUCAAAGGGAAAGCUUUGUUAUUCGAGGUUGGAAGUCUUGUUUCAAACAAAUAUUUCUGUACUUAAAUUGUACUACAAUAAAUUAUUUAAUACUCCAUUACAAUAAACAAGUACUAAAAUGGCAAUUGUACCUCUAUUGGCAAACUUGGCUCGUGAAUUGGACAACGACUUUGACCACUAUUGGGACGAUGAUUUCGGAUUUGGCUUACAUCCAGUGGACAUUUUCCGACCGACCAGACACAAUCAUUCGUUGUUAUUGCAUCCACGUCGCCGGCUUGCACCAUACGACCGUUCGCAAAUGCUAGCACGACGUGCUUCCCUUUUGGGCAAGGACAUCGGCGAUGGGUCGCCAUUGAUACCUACAGUUGGCAAAGAUGGAUUCCAGGUGUGCAUGGAUGUGUCGCAGUUCAAACCAAAGGAAUUAACCGUUAAAACUGUAGACAAAACUGUUAUUGUGGAGGGCAAACACGAAGAGCGAGAAGAUGAUCAUGGAUUGAUUCAACGCCACUUCAUCCGCAAGUACACACUGCCCAAAGACUAUGAUCCCAAAGACGUUGUGUCUACAAUUUCAUCGGAUGGCGUUUUGACGGUGAAGGCACCACCACCACCAAGUAAGGCUAUUAAAGCAAAUGAACGCAUAGUCCAAAUACAACAAACUGGGCCGGCUCAUUUGAGUGUUAAGGCGCCUGAAGAAGCUGCCAACGAAGGCAAACUAAAGGAGAAUGGAGAUAAGAAAUCUGCGAAGUAGGUGGUAGCUUCGUAGAGAAGACAAUACGAAGCAUACACAUACAAAUGAAAUACAAACAUUAUUUUGCAUCAGCUAGAUCUUAGUACGUAUUUUUUUCAAGUAACUGAAUUCUUGUACUAUUUUAUGUUUUAAUUGUAUUUUGAAAUUGACUACUAUGUAGUAUUAAAGUGCGUACAUGAGUGUUUCUAACUGCCUCUAAACUGAAUUUGUUCAACAAAUAAAUCUUAAGUUUUUUGUACUCUAGUAA